AAAAGGAACAAGUAAAUUUUUCAUUAAGUGACGUUCUUGAUGUUUUAAAAAUUAGAUAAAAAAUAAUAUUUUUUUAAAUUCUUGUUAUGUCAAUAACUAUCUCAACAACUAUUAAAACGUGAGUGUGUUUUGAGCUCAUUUUUCUCUCCCUUCAAUGGGGAGUGAUGUACUUCAAUUCCUCACUUGCCCUUCUCUUCAUAAUCCCGUAUCCUCUCCUUUGCUCCCCAGAUUCCCACUCAACAAUUCCACGCGCUGUUCCUCUACCAGCUCCGGCUGCCGGGGGCACAGCAAUAGCAGGCGCCGAAAGGACUACCAAGGCUUUAGCUGGGAUGAAGAGAUUAGGGCCAACGACAAGGGAGAAGACUUUGGUUUCGGAAAGCGCAUUUGGUGGUCCGAUGAGUAUGAUAUUGAAGACGAAGAAGAUGCUGGAAUUGAUGGUUUUGGGACAAUGGAUGCUUCCAUUGGUUUUGCGUGGGUCAUCAAG